AUGUCUUACUCUUAUUCUUUGAAGCUGCACUGAGUGUCGCUUUGUCUUGAACAGCAAGUCUAUGCACAGCCAUACAUGAGGACAUGGGAUAUAGAUGUGCCAGUUAUCAGGGGCCACUUGCUGCACCAGGGGUGAGGAUAUUCUUUUGUUUAUGUAAUAUCUCAGACUUUCUGUUCCAUGCACACCCACAGUACAAUGACCAGUUCUCAGGAACCCCUGAGCUGGUCUUCUUCUACAACAGUGAUCACCAAGACCCUAAGUGAAGACAAAGAUUUUAGUGGGAUGCAUGGAGAACAUAUGCCCGCUGGUCUUCACUCUUCACCUGAGAUUAUAGAAGAUGUACAAGACAAGGGUUUGUUUCAGAGCAAUAUAUCAGAGAACAUGAGCAGCCCAGUUGCCACAACAGUACUGACCAGCAUAAGUGAGGAUUCCAGGGACCAGUUUGAAAAUAGUGUGCUACAGUUAACAGAACAGGAUGAAUUAGAAACCACUGUUAACCAGGAAAAUGACAGCGUGGGGAGGGAGACCAACAAUGGAACAGAUGAUAUCAAGAUCCAGUUCAACAGAUCAGGCAAUGGAAAUGGUGGAUUUCUUGAAGGACUCUUUGGCUGUUUGAAGCCAGUAUGGAAUAUUAUAGGCAAAGCUUACUCCACUGACUACAAGCUGCAACAACAAGAUACAUGGGAGGUUCCUUUUGAGGAGAUUUCUGAGCUGCAGUGGCUGGGCAGCGGAGCACAGGGAGCUGUUUUCUUGGGUAAAUUCCGAGCAGAGGAGGUGGCCAUCAAAAAAGUGAGAGAACAGAGUGAAACGGAUAUCAAGCACUUAAGGAAGCUGAAGCAUCCUAACAUCAUUGCUUUCAAGGGAGUUUGCACUCAGGCACCAUGCUACUGUAUAAUAAUGGAGUACUGUGCACAUGGACAGCUGUAUGAAGUGUUGCGGGCAGGUCGGAAGAUCACACCUCAGCUACUUGUAGACUGGUCCACGGGAAUUGCUAGUGGAAUGAACUAUUUGCAUCUUCAUAAGAUCAUCCACAGAGACCUCAAGUCACCUAAUGUAUUAGUCACUCACAAUGAUACGGUAAAAAUUUCGGAUUUUGGCACGUCUAAAGAACUUAGCGAUAAGAGUACAACAAUGUCCUUUGCAGGAACUGUAGCCUGGAUGGCCCCAGAAGUGAUUCGCAAUGAACCUGUCUCUGAAAAAGUGGAUAUUUGGUCAUUUGGGGUGGUUUUGUGGGAACUUCUCACUGGAGAGAUUCCAUAUAAAGAUGUAGACUCUUCAGCCAUCAUCUGGGGUGUAGGUAGCAAUAGCCUGCACCUUCCUGUGCCCUCCACUUGUCCAGAUGGAUUCAAGCUCCUUAUGAAGCAAGCAUGGCAAAGCAAGCCCCGGAAUCGGCCCUCUUUCCGACAGACACUUAUGCACCUUGAUAUUGCAUCUGCUGAUGUGCUGGCCACCCCUCAGGAGACUUAUUUCAAGUCUCAGGCUGAAUGGAGAGAGGAAGUGAAGAAGUACUUUGAGAAAAUUAAAAGUGAAGGAACUUGUAUACACCGGUUAGAUGAAGAACUUAUUCGUCGCAGAAGAGAAGAACUCAGGCAUGCACUGGACAUCCGUGAGCAUUAUGAGAGGAAACUGGAGAGGGCCAAUAACUUAUAUAUGGAACUCAGUGCCAUCAUGUUACAGCUGGAGGUUCGGGAAAAGGAGCUCAUUAAGCGGGAACAAGCUGUGGAAAAGAAAUAUCCCGGGACUUACAAACGUCACCCAGUCCGACCCAUAAUCCAUGCCAAUACAAUGGAAAAAUUGAUGAAAAGGAGAGGAGUCUCUCACAAGCAUGGGGGUCAGAUUAAACGGCCUGAUCUGCUGAGGUCUGAUGGCAUUUCCAACACUGAGGUAGGCCCUAGUGGCUCUCCCCUCUCAGGGAGUCCCAAGAUGUCUACAGUUAGUAGCAAAGGCCGUUACCGUAGCAAACCACGCCAUCGACGAGGAAACAGCAAAGGCAGCUACAGUGACUUUGUAGGGAUUUUGAAAAACCAGCCAGCCCAGGAUGACUCAGACCAGCCGACUAACCAUCAUCAGCACCAUCCUCCUCAUCAUGGGCAUCACCCUCGGCUAAAUGUACAUGGGCAGGACAUAGCCAACUGUGCUAGCAACCUCCGGUAUUUUGGCCCUGCUGCAGCCUUGCGGAGCCCUCUUAGUAAUCAUGCGCAGCGGAGGAUGUCUGGCUCUAGCCCUGACCUUAUCUCUGCUGCCGUGGAAGCUGAUUCACGGAGGAAUCUGGAGGAGGAUGAAGGCAGCAAGGCUAAUAAUUGGGAAUGCUGUAAAGGCGACAUGUGCAGCCUCUGUCCGGAGUGCAGACUGGGGGGAAAUGUUUCAAACCAAGGGCAGUCGCUUGAGCCAGGGCUGGAGCAGCUGGAGGCACCACUGCAUGACCCACUGUAUGCAAAUGGCCAGUUUCUUGGAAGGAGUGAGGGAAGUGAAUUUAGCUCCCAUAGGCCAGGAUCAUCCCUUGGUGCCUCACACCCAGCGAGCACUCCAGGACUGCUGUGUAAAACACGACCCAUCCCAAAGAGUGGUGAUGAUUCUUCAGAAGAAGAAGGAGAGGUAGACAGUGAAGUGGAAUUCCCUCGAAGACAGAGGCCACAUCGCUGCAUCAGUAGCUGCCAGUCCUAUUCAACUUUCAGCUCAGAAAACCUCUCUGUGUCUGAUGGAGAGGAAGGGAAUACCAGUGAUCAUUCCAACAGCCCAGAUGAGCGGGCCAACAGGCGAGAAGAGCAGCUGGCUGAGAAGCUGGAUGAGAUGAUGUCACAGACUCCAGAAAUCCCCAUUGAGAUCUCUACUCAGUCUGAUGGGCUUUCAGAUAAGGAGAGUGCUGUACGCAGGGUGAAAACACAGAUGUCACUGGGCAAGUUGUGUCCUGAGGAACGUGGCUAUGAGAAUCCUGGGGAGUUUGGAGGUUCUGGUGGGGACUCUUCUGAUGGGGAGUGCUCUGAUGCAACUGUGAGGACCAGUAAAGCUGGUAGUUCUGCAACCUGGUAAUGAUGACCUCUGCUCCUCAGUCGUUUUAUCAGCUGGCAUUUUGAUUCCCUCAAGAACCCACUUUCCGUUUCUUCUCUGAGAAACUGCUUCU